AGCAAGCAACACGGAGAGAAACAAGCCCGGACACAUUACUUGCAUCGAUGUCGCCUUGCGCUGACAGCUGCUCGGCUUUCCGAACCGGCACCGGGAGGACGCUUACAACAUAGGCAACAACAACAACAACGCGUGGAUUACAAACACAUUUGGGUUUUUUCGCGUCUUAUUUUCCACGAUCGCGGAGUACCUGUGCAAGGGAGUGGGAGUGGGGGGGGGGGGGGGGUUAAACCAGGGCGAUGAGGACUCUUGAGGAUGAGCUGACGUCGGCCGCCGCCACGGGGAACGCGGCCGAGGUGGAGCGACUCCUCCGGGCAGGGGCGGACGUCAACGCGGUCAACCGGCUGGGUUACACCGCGCUGCAGGUGAUGAUGAUGGGCAGCACCCCGGUGGCCCACCUCCUGCUGGCGGCCGGCGGCGACCCCAACGUGGCGGACGCGCGCACCGCGAGCACGCCGCUGCACGACGCGGCCCGGGCGGGUUUCGGCGACACCGCGCGCCUGCUGGUGCGCUUCGGCGCUUCCCCGCAGGCCAGGGACCGCGCCGACUGUCGGCCCGCGGAAGUGGCCCAGAGACACGGGCACGCCGACGUCGCGGCCUUCCUGGAGUCUUUGUGAAGAACAGUUUUGUGUUUUUUUUUUUUUUGUUGUUGUUUUUAAACAAGGGGACUCCACCGCCCCGUCGAUAUUAUUUAUUUAUUCAAGAUUUGGCGUUAAGGACCCGUCUCUAGCUGAAUCCGGAUGAGGGUUAUAUCUAGGAACGAGGUCGAAAAUGAUCAGAAUUUCCACCAGACCCUUUUUGAAAUGUUAUUUAUUCGCAUAUUUGGAUUUGACUUGAAUAACUCAAAUCUUUAAAGUGACUCAUGUCGCCAAUAGUCUUGUAAUUGAGUAUAAAAAUAGAUGAUGCACUUUACAAAGACUGUCUCGGCAGUGCUCUAUAUUUGAAAAGAACAACUCGUAAAUAAUUAAAAAGCCAUUUGCUGGGGACAAAAUCUUUUAAAAAUAUUGUUGUACGUCGAUAGAUGACUUUUUCCAUUCAAAUCGGGUUAGUGUGCAACAAAAGAUGGUAAACAUGCAGAGUUCCCGUGUGGAAAGGAAUAAAUUGCUCUUUUUGCACAACCUACUACAUUACAAAUGUUUUUUGAAUUUCUUCUGUAUCAUUAAAUCUUUUAUGGCUCAUAAAGAAGCUUUUACCAAUUGUGUGCGUGUUGUGAAUCAACAUCCAAGAAAUGUGUUCCAGGCCUCCAAACCAAAGCCUGUAAUACAUCUCCCUUUAAAACUCAUUUUUCUCACGGGCCACAUUGUUGUCCCGGUUUGCCUCAGAGGGGCGUUGUGACUGUGGAACAAAAAUAUUUAAUCAUCUCAUCAUAUUCACAUAAUCAAUUUAUGAACUAGUUUUGGAAUCAGAACUCAAAGGGAAUGUGUUUUUCAACUAUUCACAUUUGGUAACAUAAAAAUGCUUGCAAUAUCUCAAAUUGAUCAUAUAUGACAAUUUGAAAUUUCAGUACAGAUUUUUACAAGAAUCAUGGAAUUUGACACUAGAUUUGGUAUCGAGGGCCGCAUAAAAUCAUGUGGCGGUCCAGAUCUGGCCCCCGGACCUUGAGUUUGACACCUGUGCUUUACAACACUGUUGGAGGAAGGAGACCCAGAGGAGACAUGUUGAGGGCGUGAACUUCAAUUCGACAAUGACUUUAUGAAACAUAUCCUCCAAAUGCAAUGCUGAUAAUUUGCACUACUGUGCUAAUUCAUACAAAAGUAAAAUAUGUACAGAAGUGUCCAUUUCACAGCUUUCAAAUGUAAUUUCAGAAGCGACACAUACAUUUUCCUCAUCUAUGAAAAUGUCACUUUUACCUUUACUAACAUAGAUAUCAUUUUUAUACAUACAUAUGUGUCAUACGUAUAUAAGAUAUAUGUAUCACUAACAACUAUGUUAUUGUAACAGUUGUAGGAAGGAGGGACGGAGGAGACAUGUUGGUGGCGUGAACGAGCGUGAUAAAUUAUAAUUUCUUAUCUUGAAGUGUAUUGCGGAUACAUCUGAGGUAAGAAAAGUAGAAAGAGAUGUACUGUAGUACACAUUCGCGCCUAUUCAGGACAUGCGCCUGUGUGCGCGCGUGGCACGAGGCGCUAAGCUAGCAAGGCGGAGGAGACAUGUUGGUGGCGUGAACUUCCAUUCGACGAUGACACGGAGGUGCUUUUCUCACCGCGACUUCAACGUUAUUCGUUCUGGGAAGGAAACUGACGGGAGUGAGCGAGUGCCAGUGAAGGUAGGCUGCCGUGAAAUCGUGGAUCAACCAGAUCACGUUCCCCUGUACCAUCUGACCUCAACCAUUCCAUGGUCGCUAUUCCUCAGCUUGAACAGCUCGAUUUAGGGUCUGCUCAAAGUCCACCACACAGAGAGACCUUUCACCAAGGAAAAUAUCAGUCCUUGCUAGUCCCACAGUCCUCGGAAGCGUUCAACCAAUAGAUUAGAAUAAUUUCAACAGAUUGAGACGACAGCGUUCAGGUGAAUGGUGUUGAUUCACACCUUCGUCACGGAAAAACAGAAUUAUGGCACCCACCGGUCGGUAUCAAUCAUCAGAGAGGAUGAACAGGAAGUUCAGCUGGAACCGUAGCUCGGUGAAGAAUUGAAAACAAGGAGAACGGAAGCUGUCAUUGCAGUAAUAGUUCAAGUGCACAAUACUGCGCAUUUGUGACAGAGUCGUGAGUCCCGUAAUGCAAGGAGCGCGGGAUACUCAUGUAUGCCGGUUAGCCUAGCAAUCUGUGCUAGAUGUGCCGUACGUCGCGUCUUUAAUAAACGCAGUUAGCAACAUAAUGUCGCCCACCUUGCGUUACUUGGCGAUGGAAGCGCCAGAGAAGCAAGUCGAAAAUUGAAAUAUGUCAGCAGACACGUGGAUCAAAGAACAGGAGUUGUCUCAGGUCAAGAAGGAUGUCCGCUCUUUGCUGAUUUCGUCCAAAUCGGGCUUGCACCCCCAGUCAGCUGAAGCGGGACGCCAUCAGCAUGCUGGGACGUACGAUGCCGCUGCAGUCGGCCCGGCUUCAGUGACGUUCUGCAGGUGGUGUCGGUGAUCCGGGGCACGGGCGGCUCGACGGUUUUAAAAGCGGUGAGUGACGAGUCCAUUAAACAUAUCGAGAAGCUGGUGUCCAAUCUGCGCAGUCCGAAGAGAAAGAACAGUUUCCGGGAGUAUGAACCAUCACUCAUCCGGUACGGUCCUUUUCUUCGAAUCCAGAUUUUUAGGCGAGAGCUGCAAAUAGUCCUCGCUGAGAGCCCGCUCAUGUUGGAAGACUUGAACGAAGGCUACCUGCAAUACUUUCCAAAAUGUUCGGUUUCAGCACCCUCAGAGAUAUGCUGGAGGCCGUGUGAAAUCUGAUCUGCAUACGGCCCAGAAAAAUGGGCCUCAUUGUCCACCUGAGAGAGACGGACCCACAUUUCUGAAUGACUAUGGAUUCGGCACGGAUAAUCAGGUCCAAACGCGGACACAAAAACAUACGGCACAAUUCCGAAGCAAGGAAAACAUUCAGAGCCACCUAGCUCUCAGCCUACGCCGGUGCCAGAGGAGCAGGACCAAGUGGUGGAUCUAGACUUCUUUCAGAAACUGGUGCUGGAGAGUCCUUUGGGCAAGAAAGCACACUAUACAGGUGUAGACACUGAGGGUACUCCGGUUGAUUCAGGCUCAGCAACGCACACACGCAAGGGGAUCUCAUCACCACAAGAACGGCGUCGAAAUAAAACGAUGGAGACCUACGAGGAUUCCCACGCCCCAGAGGAGAGCGCGGCGACAAGGUGCGUCGCGGCCUCCCCUCCGGGGGAGCAUUCGCGGAACAGGCAAUCCGGCACUUGAAGCUGCCCACUCGGCAGGGCACUCGAGAGCUCGUUCGGGUAGAGCACGUCCAGUCCUUGGGGCGUUUCUACUAGACUGGGAGCUGGCUUUCCAGAAAUUGACGUUUGUGAUGAGGCAAUAUCACCACUGUCCCCAGGCGUCCGAGUACUACGGUUUCCCACGGGAAUCGGUCCGACCGGAUCAAAUCUGUAGCAUUUCCCUCUUUGGCAUCUGGUUCUACCGGGUAGUGAUUGUGCAGGUGGUAAGCGACACUGGGGGGGGGGGUGUACUUUGUGGAUUACGGCAACAGCUCCACGGUGCGCACCGCCGAACUGAAGUUCCUCAGGAUUUGUUCCUGGCUUUUCCCGGCUUAAGCUUUCCUCUCAACGCUCGCUGGAAUUAAACCAAAAACUGGCACUUGGACUCCAGAGGCCACCGCUUCCUUCCGGGAGCUGUGCCUGACACACGUGUUCGGAGUCGUCACGUCGAAGAGCUCUACCUUUGCGACCCGCCCACAAGUGACGGCGUCUACGUCCCGGACGAGCCCUCAAGAAAACUGUAACAGGCUUCCAAACGAAAGCCUGUAUGACAGCUUAGAUUGUUCAGGAGGAGACAUGUUGGGGGCGUGACCUUCAAUCCGACAAGGACACUGAUUUGCUUCUCUCACCGCUGCCAAUUGAGAGUAAAAUGAAAAACAUAUGUUUUAUGAUACAUUUGGGGGUACUCGAAGUUUAAAAAAAAAAAAAAAAUCUUUGGGGAAUUUUUAAAAUAGAUUUCAAGAUAAAAGUAGAGACGACUGCCUGAAGUGAUAUUUUUGCUUCCAAGUUAUCCGUGCAAGCUCCAUUUUGAAAAGGACUCUGGGGUGCAAAAUUUGCAUCUAGAGCUAAUA